AACCAAUUGGAAUCGUAUGCAGAUGUUGUCAAAUUGUGCAUAAGGAGAUGAAGGACAUAUUUCCUACACUGAAAAAGGAGACUCCACGAAGACGGGAUUGGGUUGACCUUCGCAGAGGUGAAUGCUUUGGUAUUCAUGAGCUUCAUCUUGAUGACCCAGGCUCUGGAAACUAUUACACCUCCGUUGAUGCUGAAGGCUCUGUACUGGAUCUUAUUCCAGAUCACAUUAGGAUGUCAAUGUAUAGUCAUCAGCUGGAUGGAUUUGUCUUCUUGUGGAAAAACAUAGUAGGAGAAACCUGCAUCGAGAAGCUGAAAACUGAACUUUCUGAUGAUGGAAGAGGAGCCAUAAUAUCACAUGCCCCUGGCACCGGGAAGACCUGCUUGACAAUUGUUUUUAUUCUGUCUCUGUUGAAAAUGUAUCCAAUGUGCCGACCCGUGAUUAUAGCUCCUACAAGCAUGCUGCUCACCUGGGAUAAUGAGUUCCGAAAAUGGGGAUAUAGAAUUCCUUUUCAUAACUUUAAUAGCAAGGAUUUGUCAGGAAACGAACUCAAAACUGAUGCAGAAUUUCUUCGGAGAGUAGGAAGCCGAAUGACAAAGCUGUACUCGUGGACAAAGGAGAAAAGUGUUCUAGGAAUCAGCUACAAGUUAUUUGAGCAGAUUGCUAGUGGACAGAAGGGAAAAGGAAGCGAUGAAAAACUUAAGGAAAUCUUUCUUCAACUUCCUGGUCUUGUGGUUCUUGACGAAGGGCACACGCCUCGCAAUCAACAGAGUCUUGUCUGGAAGGUUUUGACAGGAGUUAAGACAAAAAGAAAGAUAAUCCUCUCUGGAACUCCUUUUCAGAAUAACUUCGAGGAGUUGUAUAAUACUCUUUGCCUGGUAAACCCAAAGCUUUCUGGUUCAAUGAACUCUGAGAGUCGCAGCAGAAGAUGGCAGCGGAAGAGCAAUGUGGAGAAAGAGAGAUGGGUUUCCUUGACCAAUGCCAUUGAUAAGAACUCUGGCAACGCAGUAGAGGAGCUUAAAGCCAUGAUAGAUCCCUUUGUACAUGUACACAAAGGUUCUAUACUAGAAGAGAGUCUCCCUGGUCUGAAGGACACACUUGUUAUUUUGCGACCAACUGAUGAGCAGAAGGGCAUUAUUCAGCUUAUAUCGGAUGAUUGGAGCAGGUUUGACCAAGUACAUUUGGUGUCACUCAUUUCUGUCCACCCCUCAUUAGCUGCUUUCAGCAAACGCUUCUCUGGCGACAAAGACAGACUACGGGUACUUGAAUGCGGUCCUUAUGCUGGAGUAAAGACGAAAUUUGCCAUUGAGCUCAUCCGAUUAUGUGAUGCAUCGCAUGAGAAGGUUAUAGUUUUCAGUGAAUUUAUUCACCCUUUGAGAUUCAUAAUGCAGCAGUUGAUCGAUCAGUUAAAGUGGAGGGAAGGCAUAGAAGUGCUGUAUAUGGAUGGAAAACGUGACGAGAAGAAUCGCCAGUCAUCAAUUAGUUCUCUGAAUGAUCCCUCCGGUAAGGUGAAAGUUCUUUUUGCGUCCACAAAAGCUUGUUCUGAAGGAAUAAAUCUUAGUGGGGCUUCAAGAGUUGUUCUGUUAGACGUCGUUUGGAAUCCUGCAGUUGAAAGGCAAGCAAUAAGCAGAGCAUAUAGGCUUGGCCAAAAGAAGUUUGUCUAUGUUUAUCAUUUGAUAACCUCUGGGACCUUGGAGGUUGAAAAGUAUGCUCAACAGGCUAACAAAGAUCGCUUGUCUGAGUUGGUAUUUUCUUCUCGAGACAGGCAAAGGAUCAAGUCCAGAAUCUCAUCUGUUUUCGAGGACAAAAUCUUGGAAGGAAUGCUUGACAACAAAAUGCUGUAUGAUAUCUUUGAGAAUGUUAUUCACCAGCCAAAGGAAUCAAAUGUAUUUGCAAACUUCAAUUAUGUUGAGCACAGGCAUUAGCCAAAAGACCUUUCGCUGCUGCAUCUCUCAUCAGUUGUUGAUGCUGUCGCCUUUUGUUUGGGAGCUCCAGGGACCUUUCUUCUGAUAGCUUUUGAAACUUGCUGCACUUUGUCAUUGAGUAUACUCUGAUAAUAACAUGAAACUUGUUCUAUGUUUUAAAAUUGUUGCACAGUGAUGUGUUUCUAAACUUUCAUCAAAGGUUUUUCUGUUGUAUUUUAAUCAGCAUUGUUUUACAGAAUGGUUUUUGGUAGUUUUUCCAGCCAUGUCUUUUGUUGCCUGAGAAAGUACUUGUUCUAUGAUUGAUCAAGUAAUUGUACUGUUUUUCAUUCAAUGUUAUCACUGUUUUUGCAGGGAAUAACUACUCUGUGCUACAGGCAUCUAAUGAAAACUCAAAAAGACAGCUUGGUUUUGCUCACAGCUGUUUUUAUUUACAGGAGGUUGGUGAUGCUGUUAUUAGUUACCCAAUGUUCUACCUGUUUUUUUUUUUUUCCAAAAAACAAAUUAAAAUUGCAUACAAUGGGAGCUCAUCCAUGUAUUUAGUAUCUAUUCUCUUUUUUCUUUUCGGUAUCAACUGCAUAUCAUAUCUUAGUAAUUGUUAAAAUUGAUAGCUUAAGAGUGCUAAGUGCAAAUUUAUGAUAGUUCAAGGGUGCAAAUUGUAAUUAACCUUUCCUCUUUUUUUUUUUUUUUUUUACCUACUUUCAAGUUUCACCCCUAUCUUCCUGCUCUCUACUCAUGCUUUUUCUUUUUUUUUUCCCCCUCACUCUUGGAGAACAUUCUAAUCACCAAUGAUCCCAUAAUUCCAAGGGACUUUUGUCCCAAAGGCAGUAUAGGAAGGUUGAAGAGAUUCAAUCUCAAAUGAGUACAUAACAACCCCCUAGGAGAUCUAGUGGACGUGGUCAUCCCAACUUGGCUGCCGACUCACAUUCGCCGGUGGAUCUCUUCUUCUCAGGGUUGCGGAUCCGUGGUGGCGGUGACAGUGCGGGCCUCCCACCUCCUCCUUGCCAUCCUCACCAAUUGCUUCAACAACGUGGUGGCUUCUGUUGCUCCAGCUAUCAGUGGUACACGAGCAUUUCUCUUGCUGUUCGUGGGGUCUCAGUGGCAACUUCCUCAUUUCAGCAACUAGAUUUUCAGUUUAAAUUUGGCAUGUCUAGGCCAAACGCAUGGUCUCAAGGAAUAGCAUCUGAAUCAGUUCAAAUGUCCAUUCAAUCUCCAAUUGCAGGCUCUUCCCAAUUUCAAGAGUCUGCAUAUCUUCCCAGCUUCCAGCCAUAUGUUUUGCAGCCACAAGUGAUGCAGAAUGGUCAGGGAUUGAACUUUUCUGCUACAGUUGGUCAUCAUUUUGGUUCUCCAUCUGUCAACAAUGAUGGGAUUCUUCUAUUGCAUGCGCAAAAUGAUUUCAGCAAUGCAAAGCGUAAAAUGUCCAUAAAGAUUACUCAUCCAGAAACUAAAGAAGAGUUAAAACUUGAUGAGCUUGCAAAACCAAAGCAUGAUAGUGGUUCUGCUGGUACAAGAGCACAAUAUACCAUGGAGCUCCAACCCCAGCCUUUCACUUGUGGUAACUCUCACUUAGUGAAUUAUUUUCCUUAUAUGCAGCCAUAUCCCUUUUCUUCGCCCAGUCCAAGUCCAAUACCUUUUUCAAGCAUGCAGAUGCUUCCCGUGAAGUCAAGGGUUAACUAUUUAGAUUAUCGUGCAGAUUUUCAUGGUGCAGUUAUAGAAUCUAGGUCGGAAUAUAGUUCCUCAUUCUCAGUUCCUACUAGUACUGAGUUAGCUUUUCUUUCUGUUGGAGAAAAGAUUUUAUCUCCAGUGUCAGUCAAUUCAGUUGUGAAUGAUAAAAGUGAAGCAAUUAAGUCAAGGAAACCUCAAAGAGUUGGCUCUGGACAAAAGAAAUCAAAGAUUCAUUCAGAGAUCGCUGUUAAACCCCCAUCUGAAGUGGUUAUUAAACCAACGACCUCAAUUGUAUCAUCUCAUAGAGCUAUUCCUUCCUCUGUAUCUGUUGAGGGGGAUCUUACUGGGGAGCGCGCCAAUGGUGAUGGUAAGAAGUCUGUGCCCAUGGAAAAUUCAGAGUACCUUAGCAAACCUAAGGAAGUGCAGCCUGUUAUUGAAAAUAUUCACAAAAAGCAAAUUGUGGAUGAGUUGAGAUUGCCAGAAACUAGUAAAAAAAUGGAAAAAGGUAAACCGAAGGACUGGAAAAAUUUUGCUGAUAUUUCCACUCCAGAAUUUCAUAUUUCAAGGAAAGUUGAACUGCAUCAGAACAUGAGCAAUGCUGCUUCAGAUAGCAUUAUAGUUCCAGGGAAAAAGAGGUAUUCAAGAGAUUUUCUCCUCACACUUUCAAGUCAGUUUGUUGAACUUCCUACUGAUUUUGAAUUAGUGGGUGACAUGAUAAAGGGGAUUUUGGUUUCCAAAGUUCUGGAUGAUUUAGGGUACAGAGUUGAGGAUGGUAGCAAGCGGAUCAAAAUGCUUGCUCCAUCUGCAUUUGCAGAGGAGCUACAAUUUGGGAAUACGCAGGGGAAUAUUGGUGUUCAUUCCAGGCCAGGGACCUAUAGAAGGAACUUGCAUGGGCAGACUCCUGACCAUUGUGAUGGUGGUUUUGCAACUUCAUUUUUGCCACGGUCAUCUCAUUCUAGAACAAGAAAUAAAUGUCCUGAACCUGACCAUUGGCAACAAGAUGCAUUCUUAGAUAUUGGGCUUAUUUCUUCACCUCAGUCUCCUCUGCAAGUUAUGCACUUAGCUGAGAAAAAAUAUAAGGUACACAAAGGGAUUGAUGGUGAAGAGGCGAAGCAAAGACAGUUGAAGGCUAUUCUUAACAAGCUAACGCCUCAAAACUUUGAGAGGCUCUUUCAGCAAGUGAAGGAAAUUAAUAUUGAUAACUCAAUCACUCUUUCUGGUCUUAUUUCUCAGAUAUUUGAUAAAGCUCUUAUGGAACCAAUGUUUUGUGAGAUGUAUGCAGAUUUUUGUUAUCAUCUUGCUCAAGAGCUUCCUAAUUUUGUUGAGGGCCGUGAGAAGGUUACAUUUAGAGGACUUCUGCUUAAUAAAUGUCAAGAGGAAUUUGUGAGAGGGGAAAGACAGCAGGCAGGAGCUAAUAUAAUAGAAGAGGGUGGGGAGGCCAGGCUAUCUGAAGAGGAAAGAGAAGAAAAGAGGAUCUGUGCCCGAAGAAGGAUGUUAGGCAAUAUAAGAUUGCUUGGGGAACUCUACAAGAAGAAAAUGUUAUCAGAGAGAUUAAUGCAUGAUUGCAUCCAGAAACUACUUGGAAAACAUGAUUCUCCAGAGGAAGAUGACGUUGAGGCUCUCUGCGAGCUAAUGAACACUGUUGGUGAGGUUAUUGAUCAUCCUAAAGCUAAGGUGCAAAUGAAUGCAUGUUUUGAGGUGAUGAAGAAUUUGUUAAACAACAGUGAGUUGUCGUCAAGGAUGAGGUUCAUUUUGAAGGAUGUUAUUGAUCUUAGAAAAAAUAGAUGGCAGCAGAGGAGAAGAGUUGAAGGCCCAAAGAAAAUUGAUGAACUACAUAUUGACGCAGCUCAAGAACGACGAGCACUUGUCAAUCGACUGACUAGUGUUUCAAAUGUCAAUUCAUCAAAUAAAAAGUUUUCUGCAAAUUUCAGUCCUAGGCAAUCAAGUUUCCAGUCUCGAAGAAAUAUGAGAGUCAGUACAUUUCAUGCAAUGAGAUCGCAUGUUCCUGGAUUCGUAAGUCAGGAUGUCCGUUUGGAAGACAAAUAUCUAUGCAAGCAAGGAACACUACAAGUUCCCUUUCCACGAAGAUUGAGCCGGGGUCAACACCUUGGUCAUGCCAAGAAAGUCUCUCUCAGGGCACCACCAAUGCUUGAUGGUUUACAUACUGAUUUAGGCAAAUCUAGGAGUACAGCGGCUUCUCCAAAUGGUUUCAGUUCUAAAUCGGAGCAGAAGCAGUAUAACACAGAGCAACAUUCAGCGCCAAGAAACGCAACCAAUAUUUUCAGGCCAGCAUCAGGUUAUGACCAGCCAAACAAGCAGAGAAAUAACCAUAAUGUAAAUAGAGACUUUUACCAACCAAAAAUUGUGGAAAACUAAUAGCAGCUCCUGUGAUCAUCCAUCCCGUUAAACCGAUUCUCCUCUCAACUGUUCUAUCGAGAAAGGUUUGUACUGUAGAAUGCUUUGAAGAAAGAUCCGUGGCUGCAAUGCAAGAUUUUACAGGUUUAAAUUGGUUCUCGCAACCUUGGCAGGAUGCUGAUACUGAUGCACUGAAUGCUGUAGCAUCACUGUUGUAAGGUCCUCCCAUUAGAAGAGUCAAAAAGCUAAAAAGCCAAAGCGGCAAGGAACUUUUACGGUGCUGAAAAUUGGAAGUUGGGAGAGCGUCUGCUGAAGAGUUUUGAAGGCGUUCCCACAUGCAGUUGGUCCAUUUUCGCCCGUGGGGUUCUCUCAAGUGACAGUUUUAUGAUCAUUUGGCAGAAUUUCCCUGCUAUCAUAUGAAUUAAGUUUAUAGCACUAUCAAGCUAAUUGUAGUAGCUCUUAGGCAGAAAUGUUUUGUUGCAGAUACAGGUAUAUAGUAUGUGAAUUUUCCUGCU